UGUACCGGGAAGUAGGAAGUAAAUACAGAGAAGCUGCAGAGGAGAGGCCUGGCGCCAUGCUUGAAGGUUACAGCCCUAUGAUCCAGGCCCUGCUGGGGACUCUGUUCACCUGGGGUCUGACUGCUGCUGGAGCCGCUCUAGUGUUCGUCUUCUCCAGUCGACAGAAACGAAUCUUGGAUGGAAGUUUAGGUUUUGCAGCCGGGGUAAUGUUGGCUGCUUCUUAUUGGUCAUUGCUUGCCCCAGCAAUUGAAAUGGCAGAGGAUUCUGGGAAGUAUGGAUCAUUUGCUUUUAUGCCAGUCGCCGGAGGAUUCACACUUGGUGCGGCCUUCGUCUAUUUUGCUGAUUUGGCCAUGCCCUUGCUGGGUGUUGAUCCCCACGUUGCCUUGCCCCCUGAAUCCAAGCUGGUCAAAGAAAAACCAGAGAAGCCCACAUUCCAGCACUGGGACAGUGAUGACAUGACUAUCAGGAUAGGUAGAAAUCGACAUCUCUCAGAUAAAAUAGAAAAUGGAGAAGUGUACCAGAGGAAGAGAGGACCUAAUGUGGGAAACCCAGAUGAUGGCGAAACUGAAAGUAAACCGCCGGAAUUGGUGGGACAGACAGGAAGCAGCUGGAGAAGAAUUGUUCUCCUUAUACUUGCCAUCACCAUUCACAACAUCCCAGAGGGUUUGGCAGUCGGGGUAGGAUUUGGAGCCAUUGGAAAGACUUCCUCUGCUACUUUUGAAAGUGCCAGAAAUUUGGCCAUUGGUAUUGGGAUCCAAAAUUUCCCAGAAGGCUUGGCUGUUAGCCUGCCGCUCCGAGGUUCGGGUGUCUCAACAUGGACGGCCUUCUGGUACGGCCAGCUGAGCGGCAUGGUGGAGCCUAUCGCUGGGUUGCUGGGUGCUGUUGCUGUCGUCAUGGCUGAGCCUUUGUUACCGUACGCCUUGGCGUUUGCCGCAGGAGCGAUGGUUUAUGUGGUUGUGGAUGACAUCAUCCCUGAAGCUCAAGUUAGUGGAAAUGGGAAGCUGGCCUCCUUCACCUCCAUACUGGGCUUUGUAGUGAUGAUGUCGCUGGAUGUGGGGCUGGGAUGAUUCCAUCAUAACUACUGCCACCACAAACCCUUGAUGGCCAUUUCAUCACAGUGCUGCUGACUUCACUUUUAAAAAGGGGACCAAAUAAGAAGGUUUUAUUCUGAAGCUCUGUUUCACAAUAUUGUCAAAUGUUUACUACUUGAAAUUCAGAAAUAGUGACAAAGAACUAUUUUAUAUAACAAGAUGUGAUGGUUUCUUUACAAUAAUUAUAUUUAUUGAGUUUCAUGCUUCAUAUCUUUAGAGCAGCUGUUAAGAAAUAGUCAGUUAUGAGAGCUCAAUGAAUGUUUUUUUUUCUACUUCAGCUUUUUCAUGACCUCUUAGCAAUACCAGAAGUCUUUUAUUUAAUUUGGUAAAUUAUUUAACAGCCUACAAAUUAAUAGAAUGUUUAUUCCCUCUGAUUCUUGCCACGUCAGUGAAUUUACACUGUAAAAUGCUGGUGUACUGAAACAGAAUUCUAAUUACUUAUCAUGGUACGGUGUGUAUUCACAGAUUUAUACAUAGUGCCUUUUUCCUUUUAGUUUAUCACAAAGAAUCACAUGUGAUGUAUGUUUGAUUUGUUGAAAUGCAGAAACUUAAAGAAUGAAAAGUAUUUAUAUGAUUAAACAACCAAGUAAUUCUUA